GAAGACGUUGGUGUCUGAAAAGAGACGAUGGCAGAGCAUCAAGACCCCGGUCUGCAGGACCUCCUCAGAGGACAGAGUGAAGAAGAACAGGGGAUGAAGACCUGCUCCAACAUGAUCCGUGUCUUCAUCAGCUCCACGUUCACAGAUAUGAGCAGUGAGAGGAAGGUCCUGUUGGAGAAGGCUUAUCCAGAAGUCCUGUCCUUCUGUCGCAGUCUGGGCCUCGUGUUUGAGGUGGUGGACCUGCGAUGGGGGAUUAGAAACGUUACGUCUGGAGAUCAUGAUUCCUGUGAAGUCUUCCUGAAGGAGAUGGAAAACUGUUGCAGAAUUUCAGCUGGUCCAGCCUUUGUCGCACUGCUGGGGAAUCGGUAUGGUCACCGCGCUCUUCCUCGGUUUAUCCCAGAGAAAGAGUUUGAAGUUCUCUCGUCCAAACUCACCAAAAACCCUGAAGGCAUCAAAAUGCUGAACCAGUGGUUUCUAAAAGACAACAAUGCUGUCCCGCCCACCUACGUCCUUCAGCCAAUCACAGCUCACUUCUCCCACUACAGUGACCUCCGACCUGAGAGUAGGCCCCAGCAUGACAAGGAUGUCGUGUCCUGGCGUCUCACAGAGACUAAACUGUUACAACUCCUACGAUCGGCCGCCACCACAGCUGAGAAAGAUGGUGACAUCACGGCGGAGCAGAAGCAGCGUUUCUUUUCAUCAGGUCAGAGAUGUCUUACUCAGUUUGUCCACUGUUUCACAGAGAGGGAGUUUGAGCAGGGAUUAUGGGAAGACGACAGCAGAAGGUUACCACUUAUCUUCGUCCGAGAGAUUCAGAGACAAAGGGUGCGGGAAGGACCCAAACGUCUGGCAAAGUACAUGGACAUGACGUUUGACGGCCUGCUGGAUGCAGAAGCUCAGGGUCUCCUCACUGAACUCAAGUCAAGACUCUACACCUCGUCAAAGAACAUCCUGAACCUGCACUGUGUGGAGCUCAUCAAAGGCAGCGUCGACCCCAAACGCAAAGAGCACGCACAGUACCUGGAGAGCAUUUGCGAGCAGUUUGUGUCCCAGAUGAAGGCCCGGAUCACAGCUGUGGCUGAUCCUCAGUAUGAGGGGAGGGAGAAGGGGAAGAGAAUCUGGGGGAACACUGAAAAACCCUUUCAAACGUCAGAGUGGGUGGAGGAAGAGGUGAGGCAGCAUGUUGCUAGGAGUACUGAGCUCUGUAAGGGUCUCCAUGGACGAGAGGGUGUUCUGGGUAAACUCUGCCUCACCAUGUGGGAGUCAAACAACAUCCAUCAUGGUCCACUAGUGGUCCACGGUGCUGCUGGGAUGGGGAAGACCACCCUGCUGUGUAAGCUCGCUCAUGAAAUGCAGAAGGUCCUGGAGGCCAAAUCCAGUGUGGUGAUCAGACUGCUUUCUGCUCAUCAUCCUCAGAGACCAGAUAUAAACCAGGUCCUCCACAGCAUCUGUCUCCAGGUCUGUCUGAGCUGCGGCCUGUCUCCACCUUCUCCGCUGACGGCUGGUGCUCACCUGGAGCUGCGCAGGUUCUUCAGAACCAUGCUCUCCCAGGUGUCUCAACAGGGCUACACCCUGCUCCUAAUCCUAGACUCCUUAGACCAGCUGUCGGACCAGAACCAUGCUCACAGACUUCACUGGUUGCCUGUGGAUCUCCCACCUAAUGUCCACAUAGUAGUUUCCAUGGAUACCAGCAGUGAAGUCUUUGCCAAUAUCCGCCUAAAGGUGGAGAGUUUGGACAGGUUCUUCGUGGUGGAACGUUUAUCUGGCGAUGAUGGUAAGAAGAUUAUGGACACCAACAUGAGAUCAUGGCAACGGACUCUGACACCAGAGCAGAGCCACACUGUGCUGCAGAAGUUUGAGUCCACUGGCUGCCCUCUCCACCUCAAACUGAUCCUCUCUGCUGCCAAACACUGGACCUCCUUCACACCCCUCACAGAACUGAACCUGGGCGAGAACCUGAAGGAUACAUUCUUGAAGCUUCUUCUGAAACUGGAGGAGAAACAUGGAAAGGAGCUGGUUGGUGGGGCCUUGGGAUACCUGGCACUGGCAAGGGAGGGCUUACUGGAGGCAGAGCUGCGUGACAUUCUGUCCCUGGACGACAACGUCAUUAGUGAAGUAUACAAGUACUUCCUUCCUCCUACACCCUCGUUGAUCAGACUGCCUCCUUUCCUGUGGGCCAGACUUAGACGGGACCUUGAAGACCUGCUUGAGGAGCGUUGGACAUCUGGAGUUGUCUUCAUCACAUUUAACAACCGACAUGUUGCAGAGAUGGUUUCGUCUCACUACCUGACACCAGAACGCCGGGGGCAGAGCCACAGGAUCCUGGCUGAUUACUUCCUGGGACGAUGGUCAGGAAAACUGAAGCCUGCGUCUCUACCCGGUCUGUCCCUGCUGCUCUCAGACAGGAAGGUUCCACCACAGCCUCUGUGGUUUGCCCCUGGAAUGGCUAAUGUCAGAAAGCUCCAGGAAAUGCCCUAUCACCUGCUGCACGCUGACCUGUGGGAGGAGCUUCAGCAGCAGGUCAUUGGAAACGCUGACUGGCUGCACUGUAAGAGCAGGGUCUGUGGAGUCUCAGCUGUGAUCCAGGACCUGGACCAGUGUUCCCAGUUCAUGAACUGCACCGAGACCAGACUGAUCCGAGAUACCCUGGUCCUCAUCAAACCCACCUUUGACUUCUUGGAGAAUCAAAUAGACAUGAACGUCUUUUGCGCGGAGCUGUUGGCUCGUCUCUCCUCCCUGGCUCAGAAAUGCCCUGCUGUGAUUGGUCAGCUGUGCAGCCAGUGUGAGGAGUGGCUCCUGACUUGCCCUGAACCCAUCCUGCUGCCAAAGUGCAGUUUCAUGCAGCAGCCAGGCGGGGCACUGCAGCACACACUAAGUGGACUUUAUGGAGGUGUCGUCUGUUUGGAUGUCAGUGUGCAGCUGCAGGUCCUGGUGGCAGGUUCAGAUGAUGGAGUGGUGGCGGUGUGGAGUCUGGUUGACCAGCAGUUGGUUCACACCCUGCUGGGACACAAAGAGGCUGUCCUGCACGUCCAGGUGAUUGACAGCUUGUCUUGCUGUCUCUCAUUGGCUGCUGAUGGAUGUCUGAUGAGGUGGAGCCUCAUCAAUGGUCAACAGCUGCUCUGUGUCCAGGAGGCAGUGCCUGUUGACUCCACCCCCUCAGCAGUGUGCCUCCAUCUGUUGGAUCAGAAUCAGCUGAUCUGUGUUUACACCAGGACUCAGGUAAAGCUGUGGAAGUUGGAUGGAGCCCAGCUCUUCAGCCAGACCAACGAAGAAGAUUCAGUUACUUUAGGAGUUUUGGAUGAUUCAGUAUUUUCUCUGACCCAGUCUGGUCUUGUCAGAAUCUGGAGUCUUUUAAAAAGGACUCCGACCGUGGAGACUGAGCUGAGAACCUCUAAGAGAUUGUCAACAGUCGUCAACUCUGCUCUGGCACCAAAACGAGGGAAAGUGAUUGUAGUCACUAAAAUGGGGUUUUUGUACCAGAUUUCGAGACAAGGCAAAGUCUCAGCUGUUGACUUUCCUCUGGUUCCUUCUUUUCUUUGUGUAACUGAAGACGAGAAGAUCCUGAUGGCUGCUUGUGACCAGACUCUGGGUCUCUACAACCUGGACACAGACUCUCUGGACAAUUUUCUCAACCUGACACACGACGACACCGUUCUUUCCGCCUGUUUAUCCUCAGAUGGACGGCAGCUGUUCACAGGAGCUGCAGAUCAACUCAUACGAAUCUGGUCUGUGACCACCGGGGCUCUGUUGGACUCUCUCUGUGGAUCACAGUCUCCUGUAUCCUCACUUCUGUUGUACAAAGGUUCUGUGGUUUCAGCCUCAGCAGCUGCUCCUGUCAUCCAACUGUGGAACCUGAAAUAUGACCCAGAUUACAAACCCAUCGACCACAUACCUGUGGGCUGUGCCCACGUCGCCGUCACCAGAGACUGUGAUCAAAUUUUCUUUGUACGACAUCAGAGUGAGACAGAAGUCAUUAGCUGGAACAACCACACAGGUUGUAUUUCCGAGCGUUUGUCUGUCUCGGCUGAGGUCAGCUGUCUGGAGAUAGCCCAAAACAAACGUCUUCUUUUCUGUGGCCUGACCUCUGGCACCGUCCUCAUCUACCCUCUGAACAUACCCCAGGAGACCCUGUGCAUCCCCCCACCAGAGAGUCUCUGCAGCGUCCUGAGUCUGGCCGUCAGCUCCAAGGAGAGACACGUGGCCGUGGCCUACGAGGAUGCGGUGUGUCUGUUUGAGAUCACCACCAGAGAAUGUUUCCCCACAGUGGAGGGGCCUAUGCAGAGGGUGUCCCUGUCCCUGCUUCAAUCCCCACUCUCCUCCAUGGCUCUGCUGCCCGACCGCAGGCUGCUGUACGGCACCAGCUGUGGGGAGGUCACCCUCUAUGACUUCAGGGGCGGCAGCAGCUCAGCAUUAGAGCCUCAUCACAGCAGAAUCACCUGCAUCACAGCCAGUAACUGGGGGAAACAUGCACUGGUGGGGUCGGAGGACGCUGUCCAGAGACUGUGGUCCCUGAGCCCAGUGGCUCUGGACCACACCAUGGAGUACAAGGGUUUCUUCUUCGAGGGAGUCCUCUGUGCUGCCUUUGCUGACAGUGACCAGUUCGUCUUCACUGGAUCUAAGGACAGGACUGUCAAAGUGUGGGACGUGGCCAAUGGGAACCUCCUGUUGGUCCAGUACGUCUACUCUCCUGUGGUCAGGAUGCUGACCUACAGGAACGGCUUUGUGGCCUUGUCCCAGCAGGGCUGCGUCAUCAGAGAAGUGUUCCGCUGCCCAGAACACAUCAGCCCAGACUACAACCCUCUGAGGAACAUCAAGGCCCAGUACAGGGUCACCUCCAGGAAGAGGGGGGAGGAGGAUCAGUGCACACCUGAGCUGCAGAACUACAACCCAGCCCAGUUCAACCUGAACCUCAUGAGCAUGUUAGGAGAAAAGCCCUCAGCGACCUGCCUCAUCCUGUAGAUGGCAGUGUU